UACACAUUAAAAUAUAUUUCCAAUACAUCCUACCAAACCACCCCUUAAUUUCAUGGUCUCUGUGUUUCAAACUGAGAGGAAGAGGAACAAGAAAGGGGCGUGGAUCAAGAAAUGGGGUUCCUCUUAUUCUCCGGCAGAAGUGCUCUUCUCCUUGCCCUACUCUCUUGCCUCUCUUUGUUUCUUUUAACUACUCAAGUUGCUGCUCUCAAAGGUGUUAAAUUGAAAAAUCAGAUACUGGAUGUGACUCCAAUUAAUUAUGUGAGAGAUCCUUUGUUGAAAGAUGAUGUAUUAUGCGAACGCAUUCUAAUCACUGGUCUAUCACGAUGGAGACUUAGCAGUUAUUCUAGUGCAUAUCGAGUUAGUUGUGUCCCCUCAGCAGUAAUCCCAGAUAGGUUGCUGGGAAAAAUACAGAUAUGCUUUCACAAGAAUUCUUCUCUUGGCUUGUGCCAGUGUGAACAUGGUGCGUGGAAGAAUUUGCAGAAAGGGUCAUGGAACUCUGUCAUGUCCCCUUACGAAGAUAGAAUUCUUGAUGUGGAGCUUGUUGGUGGUCUUUCUGGUUCUGUUACUGUAACUAUUGAAGAAGAUUUACAAAGAUGGCGUCUGCUCUUUCUUGCUUUUGGUAUAAUGCUACUGCUCAUGGCACCGAUUGUUAGCAGUUGGGUUCCAUUUUACUACAGCAGUUCAAUGGCUAUUGGAGUUUGUCUUGUCAUCAUUGUCCUUCUGUUCCAGGGGAUGAAAUUGCUGCCGACUGGAAGGAAAAACAUAUUCUACCUGACUAUCUAUGGAUCAGUGCUUGGAGCUGGAUCCUUUUUGGUGCAUCAAUUCUCUAUGCUGAUACAUUCCAUCGUGUCAAACCUUGGGCUAGGUGAAGAGUUCCACAAUCCUGUUGCUGUAUUUACUCUUGUUGGAAUCAUCCUUGCUGGAGCUGGUCUAGGAUAUUGGUUGGUGCGGAAAUUUGUUAUAUCAGAUGAUGGAAAUGUGGAUGUUGGUGUUGCUCAAUUUGUUAAAUGGGCCAUACGCAUCGUUGGCAUUACUUUUGUCUUCCAGAGCACAGUUGAUUCUCUUUUAGCGAUCUUUGUGCUCAAUUUUUGGUGGCUUAUUUUCUUUGCUGUUACUUCAAUGGAGUGGCGUGCAUCAAGGGAUUUGUCAUAUUCUGGAAUUGGAGAUGUUUGGGGAAAGAAUAGUAAGCAGAUGAACAUGAAUAGAAAACGUGCUGAGUUCUUUCGUAAAUCCAGAAAGUUUGGUUCAGGAUUUCUACACAGUAGCCCAAAGAGCUCAUCUGCAUGGUCUAUUUCUCCUGUCAAAGGUGUCAAAGAUGGCAAGGGGAAAAAAGUGGGCGAAUACUAUUCAACUUUUCACAGGACACCUAACAGAAAGAGAUUCUCGCAAAAGGAAUGGGAAGAUUUCACGCAAGAGUCUACUAAGGAAGCUGUAGCUGAAUUAGCUGCUUCUCCUGAAUUCACUGAUUGGAUCAUCAAGCAUGCUGAUAGAAUACAGCUUCUACCGGGGGAUAGUUCGGAUGAGUCAGUUGGCAGUGGGUCAGACUCAACAGAUGAGAAUGCUGCAGAGAGUUUUAGCGGGCUUGGCUUGUUUAACUGGAAGCAUCGAUAGUAGCUACUUCCUCUUAAGCGGAUACUAUCUUCCAAUUAGUGGUAUGCUUUUACCUUUCAAUUUUCUCCUAAUCUUUGUAACAAAACUGUGGGUAUCGUUAUCUUGUUUAACAAAACUUUUCACAAUUUUACCUCUACUUACCAUUUUACCUAUUGAAACACUUUAAUAUUAAUAAUUUUUGUACC